AUGUCAUUCCUAAACAAGUUCAAAAAAGAGUUUGAGGGGUUGAACCUGGGUGAGCGCCUGCAACAGCAGCAGAAUGGUAUGUCAGUGACUACUCCGAUGAUCCUCGCUCAUAAGAUGCAGUUCAGACCUACCAGAAUCACCAAGCGCAGGGAUACCAGCAUAAUGAUAACUACCAGAAUAAUCAAGGAUAUCAGAACAGUCAAGGCUAUCACAACAACCAGCAAGACUAUGUCAUUUAACGGACAGCAGGGUGGAUAUCAACCGUACAAUGGGCAGCAGUCUUAUCCCGGGCAGCAAUCUUAUCAUCAAGGAGGAUCCGACUAUAAUCCGUCACAAGCAUUGCAACCACAGCAUCAGCAUCGACCAACCUCGUCACAAGGAUUCUCUCUUCCCGUUUCUAGUCCUAACUACGGCCAAGGAGCUCAGUCUUUGACAAAUGGACCCCCUUGUCCAACGCCCCCUCGUUGGAUUGCCUACUGGUCAGAGAAUGACCGACAGUGGUGCUAUGCCGAGACCACGGGGAGAAGCGUGUGGCAAGCUCCGUCUGAUCCUCUGCCGGGAAUGCCCUCCUAUCCAGGCAGUUUGAGCAUUAACAGGGGCCACGAGGGUCAGAUGCAGCCAAGUCAAACCCGGCCAAGCCUUAAAGAAGAAAAGUCAUCCUCCAAUAUGAUUCUCGCUGCAGCAGGUGGCUUUGCGGCAGGUGGUGUAGCUGGCUAUUUUGUCAAAGAUAGGAUUGACAAGCACAAGGCAAAGAAAAGGCACGGCUGUGUACCAGCUGACUUUGCUGACUUUUCCGAGUAUCCUGACAUGAAAGUCGAUCUCGAAUGCAACGUUUGUAACCAGGAUAUCAGCGGCCCUUAUGCUCACUGCAAGAAAUGCGCUGCCGGCGACUGGGACGUUUGCCGUGACUGUAUUGCCCAAGGAGAGACAUGCGAAGGAAAUGGUGAACACAAUUUGGUCAAGGUGUAUCCCAAGUACUCCUGUGAUAUAUGUGAUCAGAUGAUUCGGGGAGAGUUUUAUCACUGCGCUUGGUGCAACGAUGGAGACUGGGAUACGUGCCAGAGGUGUAUCGACAAAGGGUAUACGUGCAAGGCGCCGAACAACACAAAGCAUGACCUGGUGGCCCUGUAUAUCCCUAACCUCAAGUUUGGAAAGGGCGGAAGGAAGAAGGAAAAUAGCUCUGAUUCAGAGACUGAUUCAGAUUGA